GCCUUCCCCAUCCUGCUUGCCAGUGUCUACUGGAUCGUUACAGUCUGAGCAUGGCGCCCACCAUAUUCCUUGUCGUCCUCUCGGGCCUGCUGCUUGCAUCUCCCUCCUAUGCCCAGCGCCGGAGAAAGCCCUCCCCUCCGGAGAGUCCCAUUGACAAGAUCAGUGCUCAAGCAGACUUUAACCCCAGCCAGUUUGCUGGGAAAUGGUACCUUGUUGGAGUAGCCUCCAGGUGUAGCUACCUGAGAGACAACAGCCAUAGACUGGAACCAGUGAACAUAAUGGUGUCUGUUACCAGCACAACCCCUCCGAGCACCUUGUUGGUCAACACCUUCCGCCCACUGGAUGGCAUCUGUUGGAAUAUCAAGCAGUCGUACCCCCCCGCCAAGGCUCCAGGCAGAUUCCUCUUGAGAGGCCCGGUGAAUGUGGUCGUUGGGGAGACUGAUUACAGCAGCUACGCCAUCGUCUUCUAUCAGAAGUCCCGGCAGAUCUCUGUGAAGCUUUAUGGACGAACCGUCCAGGUCAGCGAUUCCAUCGUGGCUAAAUUUGAGCAGCUUGUGGCUGGUGUGGGACUCAACGAGGACAUCACCUAUUACUUCCCCACUUACGGGUUUUGUGAGUCAGCUGACCAGUUUCACGUCCUCGAUGAGACCAAGUUGAAGGGUACAUCCUGAAGGCCAUGGAGGAGGCGGAGUGCAGCUGACUGCAGAGGGCUGCAUUGGAGGGAACCAGCCUGCGUCUAAUCAGGCCACGCCCUGCUAAGUACAGUGCUUUGUCUAUACCCAGCUCAUCAUCUGUCUGGAAAUUCUCUUUUCCUUACCUUUGAAGCUUCUGUCUGCUGUUCCCUGAAUCUUGACAUAUGAUUAAAGUAGAUGUGAGAAAACUUGGGUUAUUAAAUACAAA